GCCCAGCAAGCAAGUAGCAGUGACGGUCUUCCGCCAAUCCGCCCCUGCCCCUUGCGCAAGCAGCAACCAGCAGCACUGCAGUAGUGAGCCACGCCGGACGCCGCCACCGGACCGCCAACCGCCAGAUCUCCGACCGCCGUGCUUCCGUCGCCCGCCUGUGACUUGCUGGAUCCGCCCCUGUAGAGCACCAUAGCACAUUUCUGGUGAGUGGUGGUUUUGUGCAGAUAUAAAUAUGGAAGGGGAUCACAUUGAAGAAGAAGAUGAUGAGUUUGGGUUCUCAAGGAACUAUUUUCUUUCAAAGGAAUUGGGCUCUUCUCGCAAAAAAUCUGCCCGUAAACUCUCAGACAUCCAAUUAGUUGAUGAAGAGGAAUUGAGGGACGCGGCUGCCAACAUUGAACCUAAACACGAAAAUGAAAUUAAAGAUUUGUUUGCAACUUAUAAGCUUUUGUAUUCAGAGUGGAAAUUUGUCUUAAGGUGUGGUUUUGGGCUUCUGAUGCAUGGGUUUGGAUCAAAGAAAGCCCUCAUUGAUGAUUUUGCUUCAACCACUUUGACUGAGUAUUCAGUUGUCGUGGUUAACGGUUAUCUCCCCUCAAUCAAUCUUAAGCAGGCAAUGAUAGCCUUAGCUGAGCUUUUGUGGGACCAGCUGAAAGCAUUGCAAAAGAUAAGUUCAGGCAGCAAGUCUAAAAAUCAGCAACCUUUUAAUACCCGAUCAGUGGACAACCUUAUUGAAUUUCUGAAUGAGCCACCCCUAGAUACAAAUGACAAGGAUGAGUGCUUAGUUUGUGUUGUUGUUCACAAUAUUGACGGGCCUGGACUGCGUGAGCCUGAUAAUCAACAGUUACUUGCAAGGGUUGCAUCUUGUUCACAUGUGCGAAUUGUUGCUUCUAUUGAUAAUAUCAAUGCUCCUCUUUUAUGGGACAAGAAGAUGGUGCAUACACAGUUCAACUGGUACUGGCUCCACGUACCCACUUUUGCGCCGUACAAAGUUGAAGGAAUGUUUUUCCCUCUAAUUCUGGCACAUGGGGGUAGCGCUCAAAGCGUGAAGACGGCUUCCCUUGUGCUUCAGAGUUUGACACCUAAUGCUCAGAACGUGUUUAAAGUUCUCGCGGAACAUCAGUUGGCCCAUCCUGAUGAUGAAGGGAUGCCGGUCAAUAGCUUGUACACCAUAUGCAGGGAGCGUUUCCUGGUGAGUAGCCAACUCACCUUAAAUGCACAUUUGACAGAAUUCAAGGACCAUGAGUUGGUUAAGAGCAAGAGGAAAUCUGAUGGUCAGGAUUGCCUGUGCAUUCCUCUCACCAACGAUGCGAUUGAAAAGCUUGUCAUUGAGAUCAGCCAAUAGUUGCAGCAUUGGAUUGAGAAAUUUGUGUAGAAUCUCAUAAUUGAAGUGGUGCAUGUGAGAGGGCUUUGAGCUAACGGCUUACCUAAUCAAGGGUCAUAUGGUGUCAAUGUUAAUUAUUAUUAAUCAGUGUUUUGACAAAUUGUUGGUGACUAUAACCACUUUCUCUGUAAUUUGUAUACUUUUGAGUUUUACUUUAUCAAAAGAAAAAGAAGUUGUACUUUUUCAAAUUAUAGCAGUUUUGGUUGAAAGACUUGAAAUGCUAGAUGUUUG